CAGCCUCAAAUAUGAGCACGUCCCUGCAUCCCGCUAUUCCCCAACGCCACCCGCCGUUCUAGUUAGAGAGAGAAACGUCGGCAAAUAUAGAGAGAGAAAGAAGGCUCUGCUUCUUUAAAGAGAGAAAGAAAGCUCUGCCAAUUUCAGGUUUAAUCUGGGUUCCUCUUUACUGCAUUUCAUUCACUUGCAACUGAGCUCAGAGUGUCUUUGUAGGUAUUGAGCUUGCUGAUGGCUCUACAAAUUUCUUUGAAUUCCCCUAAACUCUACUCCGAAUUCACCCCUUCUCUCUUCCAUUUUCCCAGUUGUAUUCUCUAUCGUCCUUCCCAUCUGUUCUCUCUCAAAACUGCCCCCAAACCCUGCUUCCACUACCGAACUCCAGCUACUGUUGUCGCUGUGCGCUCAACCGUUUCAAAAGUUAUUCAAACAGCAUGGAGGGUAGGCAAGGAUGGCCUAGAAGCUGGAACUAAUCUUGUGCCUGAUUCUGUUCCACGACCCAUAGCAAGGAUCGGUGUUGCUGUGCUGACCCUAACUCUGUCUCUUUAUGUGUUGAAAUCCCUUUUGUCGACAGCAUUUUUUGUUCUGGCCAUGAUGGGGCUCAUAUACUUUGUGUUCAUAGCCUUGAACAAGGAUGAAGGGCCUGGACGGGGAGGAGGUGGUGGUGGUGGUGAUGGGACGAGCUCCACGGAUGAGACUCUUGAAGAAGCACGUAGAAUAAUGGAGAAGUACAGGCAAUGACAACAUCCAUUGAACUCAGUCUCAACCCUUUUUUUAUUGGUAUGCGUUUUCAGCUUUGUGAAACCGUAGGUUGAUUAUGCUUGAUGUAGAAUACAAAUGUAUAUCAGUGGUCAUUUGAAACUAUGUAAGGAUGGGGCAUCUUCAGCCCUUGUGAUUUACCAAACUGCCAUCUUUUAAUGAAUUCAGAGAAAAUCAAUCUUCUCAACAAAUUUUGUAAAA